AUGUCUUUUGGAUUUUACAAAAUAUUGGGAAGUUCCUGUUUGAUUGGAGGAUUUAUUGGAAUGACACUCUUUUUAAUUAGUACUAUCGUUACUUUUGUCUGUAUUAAUAUUGAUUAUUACUAUGUAAAUGAUCCUGAGGCUGUGAAAUUCAAGAUGGUCAACUGUUGUCAAAUUACAUCGUUACAAAAUUGUGAGACGAGCAGCAGGGGAACAACAUUUUGCAGAACUACUGUAAAAUAUCCAUCCAAUUUACAAAAUCUGAUCGAAAUAGUUCAAAAAUCCAAUUCUGCUUAUUACAAACUCACAACAGAUUCUCAAAAAUAUGAAAAGAGAGAAGAAAUUAAUGCACCUUUUUAUUUUAAUCCAAAUAAUGUUAGUUUAUAUGAAUAUUACUCUGAGGAUUAUCCUAGAAAUUUGUGGUUGGAUUUUAAUUGUAGAGCUAUGGUUGAAUAUGUUGUAAAUGGAACAAAUUCAGAGUUGACCAAUUCUUUCACAAGCUCAAAUUAUCCAAAUUUAGCAUCGUUUAAUAGCUCACUUUCUCUAACAAUGAUAGAGAAAGUACUCAGAUCGCAG